UAUAAAAACCACUCAUCCCCAGUCUUCAAACCCUAACCCCCAUCAGUCCCCAAAUCGGCGAGAAAAUGCAGAUCUUCGUGAAAACCCUAACGGGUAAGACGAUCACAUUGGAGGUGGAAUCCUCCGACACGAUCGACAACGUGAAGGCCAAGAUUCAAGACAAGGAAGGCAUCCCACCGGACCAACAGCGUCUCAUCUUCGCCGGAAAACAGCUUGAAGACGGCAGAACCCUAGCCGACUACAACAUCCAGAAAGAGUCGACUCUCCACCUUGUGCUGCGGCUACGCGGUGGCGCGAAGAAGAGGAAGAAGAAGACCUACACAAAGCCGAAGAAGAUCAAGCACAAGCAUAAGAAGGUCAAGCUAAGCGUGUUGCAGUUUUACAAGGUUGAUGAUGCUGGAAAGGUUCAGAGGUUGAGGAAGGAGUGCCCGAAUGCGGAGUGUGGAGCGGGGACUUUCAUGGCGAACCAUUUCGAUCGUCACUAUUGUGGGAAGUGUGGGUUGACUUAUGUCUACCAGAAGGCGUGAGGGUUAGUGGUUUGAGUUUAUGGUUUUUGUUAUUGUUAUGGUUAUGGAUUGUUUCGGAUAAUGUUUUUGUUUUUGUUUUGGUGAACCUGGAUGCACCUGCUGCUUUUGAGUUUAUAAAGUUGACUUGCUUCUUUAUAUAUUUAAUUUCUUUAUGUG